ACGCACACGCGGAAAAAUACUCAAACCUGUCUAUAGAAGCUUUUUUUUAACGGGAUCAACUUUAUAACUUCUAGAAAUCAUUGUUAUUUAGUAAAACAUCUAAAAAAUCACGUGUUUGUGUCCAUUUUAAUUAAAGUAAUUUAAAUCGGCUUUUACUUUGGUAGGUGGAACCGGAAGUGUAGCGACCCGUUGCGUCUAACUUGAAACCGUAGAAGAAGAGGGAAGGGGCGUGUCGCUGUUAGCCUACAUGCUAACCACGAGCUAAACUUCUUACUUUCACUUUAGGUGAAACGGCAGCGGGAUGAGCAGCUUCCUCGAAAACGAAACCUUUCGCCGCCGUCACUGUUUCUGAUGCUCCCCGUGUCGUAGAUGCGGCUCCUCGACGCACUUCAGCGGCCAUAAGUGAACUCUGAGCCGGCGGAGUGGAAAAGUUUGGAGCGUUAGCAGUCACCGCCGACAGCUAGCUUCAGCAGCUAGUGCCCGCUAGCAUGGCCGGCAGCGGACACACGGCGAGCGAGGAGCGGGGAGCGGAGAAGGCGAUGGACGACUACCUGAGGUCGAUCGGGUUUCACCGGAAGAAAAUAGCCAAGGACGGGUCGUGUUUGUUCCGAGCCGUCGCCGAGCAGGUUCUGCACUGUCAAAGCCUUCAUGCUAAAGUUCGUACCAAAUGUGUGGAGUUCCUGAAGCAGAACAGAGAGAGCUACGAGGCGUUCAUUGAAGGAGACUUUGAGCAGUACCUGUGUGAACUUCAGGACCCUCAGCAAUGGGUGGGAGAGGUGGAGAUCAAUGCUCUGGCCGCCAUCUACAAGAGGGACUUCCUGAUCUACCAGGAGCCUGGUAAACCUCCCGUCCACAUCACUGACAACAACUUCAAAGACAAGGUGCUGUUGUGUUUUCUGAACGGGAAUCACUACGACAGUGUUUAUCCCAUCAGCCGCAUCAAGAACGCAGCUCAGUGUCAGUCCAUCCUGUACGAGAUGCUGUACGACGGCGUGUUCAAGGUCGACCGCAGCUCUCUGGGUCUGUGUCAGCGGAUCGGCCGACCCACCGACCUCCUGAGUGACGACAGCAUGCCCGCCUGCGCCAGCAGCGACGGGUCCGACCUGGACACAGACGAGCCGCUCUGGGUGGAAAAUGAAACGAGUGCUAGUUCUACAAGACACAACAACCAGAGCUACAGGGGUCGUGGGCGAGGUCGGCAGCUCCCCGAGAGGGUGAGACGUUCACUGAAUCCGACUCUGCUGAGAAACGUGGAGUUUGACGUCUGGCACAAGAGCAAGAGAGCUCAACAGAAGAUGGAUUACUGCAUUGCUGCAGGGAUGCAAUACACUGUGGGAGACCGCUGCCAGGUUCGUCUUGAGGGCACCGGACGCAACUACAACGCAAUCGUCAAAGAAGUUCCCAACGACAACCUGGUGAUAGUUCACAUAGAAGAACUGGGCAAGAGACAUGUUCCCGUGUGGAGUCUGCGUCCGCCUGCUGAUGAGAACAGCUGGUGCACAGUCGUCAACAAAGACAAGAGGCUCAGCAACGGAAACGGAGAUUGGGAGGAGAGGGGUAAAGGCAGAGGUCGGGGAAAGCCCGUCCCGCCGCCCUCCUCUGUUUCCCAGGCAUCAGCGCCAGGCUCCAGUGGGCGUGUGCAGAAGCAGCACUCGUGGCCCCCGCAGGCCACCGUAGAUGAGCAGGGAGGGGCCAAACCCAGCAGAAAGUCUUCGAGCUUGUCGGAGUCGGCGCCGUUUGGUCUGACAGAGAAGGAGCGUUUGGCCAAAGAGGAGGAGGAGAGGAACGUGGCGCUGGUUGAGAUCCAGCUCCGAGACGAACACAGCUUCCCCGCCCUCGGGACCGGGUCGCAGGGCGAUGGAGGGAGGAAGAAGGGAACGGAGAAGAGACGAUCCCAGAGAAACAAGACGAAGAGUCCAGUAGAAGAAAUCAGAGCAGCUUCGCCCUCUGCUGGUGAAAGACCCACAUCCACCACCCCACCACCUAUAAGCACCACAGUCACCACUGCACCUUCUACCAAUACCAGGUUCACCAACCCCAACCUACCUGCUGCAAAACCUGCUGCUCCUCCCUCUUCAACCUGCAGCUCCACAAACACAACUGCUGCACCAUCAGGCUCCGCCCCUGCCCUGACACCCACCUCUGCUGCACCGACGGCUAAAACAAACGCACACUCUCACACUUCAGCUGCUGGACCGGCAACAAGUUCUGUUCCUCCUGCUGCCGCCCCGAGAGCUAAACCCUCUGUGUCUCAGUCUUUCCCGUGCUCUGCCACUGUCUUCUCCUUCCUCACCCCUGUCCUCCCCACUGCUUCGGCAGCCGUCUCCUCCUCCUCUUCCUCAGUGCCUCCUAAAUCGACUGCCUCCCCUCCUCCUCCCUCCUCCAUACCACCUCCCACCUUCAUUGCACACAUCGCUUCCUCUCCUCCUCAGGGCUUUCUCCCUCCGUCCUCGCUCCAACGCUCCUCCCCACCCGUCUCCUCUCUCCCCCACUCCCCCAGUCCACCCCCGUCUUCCUCCUCCUCUCUUAUCCAUCAUGCUGCUCAGGUCCGAGAGGCUCCGACACAAACAGCAAAUCCUUUACCAAAUUCUGGAGGCUCUGUGGUGAAAUCUCAGACGUCCCUGACCCAAGCCUCAUUGACCCAGGGAGAUGUUCAAACGCAGCCAAAGAUUCAGACUCAAAGUCAGGCUUCUCCGAUCCAGAGCCAGAUGCAGAUCGAGGUCCAGUCUUUGAUUUCCCUCCAGCACCAACCUCAGCCCCUCACUGAAGUGCCACAAAACCAGGUGUCUGUCCUCCCUCAGACCCAGACGUCUGUCCUCCCUCAGACCCAGACGUCUGUCCUCCCUCAGACCCAGACGUCUGUCCUCCCUCAGACCCAG